CUUCAACUGACAUAUAUUUUGCCCUUUGAAAGCGUUUCGAAAAAGAUUGUAGAAAAUGUUUAAUUAACCAUCAUUGAUGCUCCCUGUAAAAAUCAAAGUACUGGAAUUAUUUCAUUGCUCUGUAUUAAAGUAAACCUUACAGGAAAAGUGGGCCGGGUGUGGGGCCUGAACCAAGUACGAAACACUAGUACGGAGCUCUAACCAACUGAGCUAACCGGGCGGCUGGUUCCAGCCCACACACACUAGAGCAUACUUAGGAAGAUAGAUGGUGUCAUGUGUGGUAACUAGCUGUUUUGGGGGAUACGUUUUCUGUGUUUGACCUGAUCUGGCUACCAGGGUACAGCUGAGUUUGUGGACAUGAAAGUGGAAAUGGGUGGCCAGAGGUAUUGGUGACUCCCUACCCACACACGGCACCCAGACUGGCAUGGUCUGACUGCCUACCUGGCUGAGUCAGUCAGAAGCUUAGAGUCAUCUUUGAGGCAGAUGAAAGAAAUUGAUGUGAGGUUGAAAGUGAAUUCCUGCAUACAAUUAUAAUAGGUAAUUGUCAAUACAAAACAAAGGGAUUUAAUGAUAUGUGAAACAAAAACAACUGAAGUAACUUUAUUGAGAGAAAACUUGGAUAUCUAGAAACUGUAGACCAUGGGGGACUCUGGUACCUUCAGCAGUCCUGUGGCUGACAUGACAGCUACACCAUCCGCAACCACAAUGGCAGCCACAACCUCCGACCUCAUGGAUGAUUCAGGGUCAACAGGUGCAGAGGAAAGCACUGUUACCAUGGCAAUUUCCCCAACUAGCUCAUCUAGGCCUUCAACAAGCCAGCUAGAGACCAACACAGACACCACAAGCUCUGUGGUUCUUAGAGACAGUUUUACAGACCCUGGAAUGGACCUCACACAGUUUCCUAUGCAGCAUGCCACCGACCAGUUGCCUGGCAGCCAUGUGGCAAUGACAACCACUGAAAAAGACACCUUGACAACGGACCAGUUUGUGUCCACUGUUAUGUUGUACAGUACAGUGGGUGUAGAAAAAAAUAGUGGUGGAAGUGAGAGUAUAAGUGCUCCGGUUGGAGUAUCUCGGAGUAGUGAAUUUUUAGAGGAAGCUUCUUCUGAAUUGGAUAUUAAACUCACAACCACAGUAAGUAUGCCUCAGUCUGGAGAUAGCAUUGAUAAGGCAGUGAAAACUGACAGCUCUGUAUCAUCAUCAGUCAGUGUUCAAUCAACACAUUCAGAUUUUCUAGUUAUUGACCCUCUUUCUGGAACAAAAUCUUCAUCAGUAAGUGUGAAAGGGAUUAUACAGACAACAAGCUUAUCUGGCAGUAGCGAUGUGCAGGCGCAUUCCUCAGCCAUUGGUCUAGUCCCCCAAGUGUCAAGGCCCCAGCCCUCAGCCACGUCACAGGAGCUGUACAGUACCUACACCCCGGCACAGACAUUGUACACGUCAGGCAACACUGGAUUGGAUACGUCAUUCAUGCAGACCUCAUCUCCCUCUCUGCCACCUCCAACACACAAACCAGUCCAGACCUCAUCAGAGGGACAGUCAACAAUUCUUGGCCAUGGGUUACCUGACUAUAUCCUGUAUGCUGGAGUUCCGGCAAUCGGUGUUGGACUCUUCAUCUUCCUGCUCAUCUGUAUCAUCUGUAUAUGCAGACGCAAACACAAGGCAAGCAAGAGCUCCCCUUCUAAAGCUCAGAGCAGUGAUAUGUGGGUGAACCACGCCCAGGCAGACAUUACCCUUACAACCCGCAAGCCUGGGUCUUCACUGGAGGAUGGCAUACCCUUCAAACCCAACAUUGCCAAACAUUCCGACAACAUGCUUCUCAGAAAGCGAAAAGGCCAGUCUGGUAUUGCCCAGAAGCCCUUGUUGGAAGUUAAGCCUCCAAGAGUUCCAGAUCAUGUGGAUAUCAAAACCAGUCCAGCGAGUGCUAGAGACUCUCCCGGUGGGGAAGGUAGACAGGUCGUGGUAUCACGAAGUCAGCCUGUUACUAGUGUGGGCCCUCGCAGCAGGGCUGGGCGUGGUCAGGGUUCAGGGCGCCAUGGUGGAGGGCAGGUUAGGGACCAAAGGGAGAACAGUAUCCUCAAUGAACGCCUUAUAGAGCUACACACACGCUCAGAGGAUGAAGGGUGUACCACAUACGAAGCAGUGUUUGAUUUCAAUGGUUCCCAUGGCAACCAUUUGACCUUGAAGCAGGGUGACCUUGUUUAUGUGAGCAGAAAAGAAGACAAUGGUUGGUGGCAGGGGUCACAUGGUGGAAUGUCGGGCUGGUUUCCUAGCAACUAUGUCCAGGCUGCUCCACAAGACAAGCUGGAGGAGGACAAUGAGGUGUUGAUGCACGGGGAGGAUGUGACAUCCUUCAACCUGGGUCGAGCCACACCUACUAACCUUCGGGUCUCCACCCUAUCUGAGCAGGAGAUCGAGGCUGAACCUAUCUACUGCAAAAUACAACACAAGGACAAACAAAGUGUUUGCAGCCAGGGGUCAAACCGCAGUUCAAGUGUCACGCCCACCAAACCAGAGGCAAACCAUCCCGGCUAUGCUGCACCACUUCAGCAGAAACAUGGCAACUCUGCAGAACACUCUAGCCCACAUGGUAUACCAUAUGUUGCUAAGUUCCCAUUCGAAGCACGUAACCUGGGUGAGUUAACCAUCAACAAAGGGGACUUAAUCCACUGUCGGGAGGAGGGAAAACAUGGCUGGAUACGGGGAACCAAUAACAACACAAACAAGGAGGGAUGGUGCCCUGCCUCUUAUGUGGAGAAGGUUGUCCACGAAGUUACCCCGGACCCGGCAAGCUACCAGCAGCUGGAGGCAAACACUGAUGUUGUAGAGAGACAGGACCUUGUCGGCAUCGUGCACCACGCAAUUCACUCCUUUGACGGUGAGAAAGCCGGAGACCUGCAAUUUGAACAUGGAGAUUACAUCACAGUCUUCCAGGUGUUAGAGAAUGGCUGGUGGUUGGGAAGUAAGGACAAAACUGUGGGCUGGUUCCCGGGCUCACAUGUCGAGAUGAUAGACCACCCUUCCAGUAGUCCGUCCCCUUCCACAGUGUGUUCUGAAAGCCAAGGCUCUUUGGAAACCAGCCAUGAGUUGUCUGAGGCUGUCCAGGAUAUACCAGGGCCUAGCACUCCAACCAAACACAAGCCCACCAGAAAGGCCCCACCGCCCCCACUGAAGAUUGUUAACUCCAACUUUAAACCUGACAACUCAAGCACUACAGGGAAUUGUAAUGUCAAUGAUCAAAAUUUAAAAUCUGAUCAUUCAAAAAAAGCACAUGCACCAGAUUCUAAAAUUCCUGGGCUAGCAGGAAGUAAGUCCCUAAAAAUCCCUCGGCCCAAGGUUGCCCCACCUCCUCCACCUAUAAGGCAGGAUGAUAAGCCGCCGACCGAUGAUUCAGUGAAAGAUGGAAUUGAAUCAAGCAAAGCGAGAAUUGACAUGGAUGUAGAGGACAUAUCAGGGUCAAAACAAAAGGUGAAACCAGCUUUGCCCAAGAGGUUUAUUAAACCAAAGCUGGUUACUGUGCCAAGAGGUGAAGUAAAAUUACCGGACAAUCGUGAGGUAGGAAAUGGAGAUGUAAAACUGAGAGCCCCUCCACCACUGAAACCCUUGGCCCCAAAACUGGGACCUAUAAGGGCCAAGUUAAGUGCUCCUAAAUCACAUGAAGAUCAUGUUCAGAGUGAAGAAGAAGAAGGUGCAUACUUCCACAUUACUCCACAAAGGAGAUUUGAUCCCAUCCUGAGGCAGGAAUCAUCUGAUGACAACAUUGAUAGAGCUGAAAGUCCACCAUACAGAUCAAUGGCAAGUUUUGGAAACACAUUUGGAAAGCCACCUGAAGAAAAAAUACCAAUAUUUUCUUCGUUUAACCAUGUUCCAAAGGAACCUGCCUCUCAACUAGACAUGGAAAGUAGGGAGAAUGAUGGUUCCAAAAAUAAAAUAACAGUCAGUGAAGACACCUUAAGUAAAAAUCAUGAUGACCAGAAGCAACAAGAGAAAACACAAAUCUUAAAGAAUGAACUAGAAGAGGAUACAGCUAUUCAAUAUGAAAAUUCAAAAGAAAAGAUGAAGCCAAAAUCAGGAAUACCUGUGACACCAAAGAUGAAACCCUCAAAGCUGCAACCACCAAAACAUAGUUUACCUGAGGCCCAUGAACCUGCAACAUCCUGUGAAGUAGAAAAUAUGGAAGAUAAUAGAGUUCAAGGUCUCCACAAGGUGCCAUGCCCAGAGAGUUCUGAUAUACCAGUGUCUAAAUCUGAAGAAUCAGAUGAAAAACCUGCUGCCAAAGAACAAGACAACAUGGCCCCAAAUGAGCAGUUAAAUAUAACAGACAACAAACCUAAGGGUGAACAUGAUAAUGAAGUCAAAGUAAGUGAUGAGAGACCAAGAGCAGAUAGUUUUGGAAGACCACCUGUUGCUCCAAAACCAAAAUCAAAGGGAUUAGUAAAACCAAAAGUAUAUUCAAAAGAUAUAGGGGUAGAUAUUAAGGCUUUGUCAGAGGAAAUGACUGAAAAACAGGAUAAACAGGAAACUCAAGACAUGGUGACUGUUGAAAAGGCUAAAACGCCCAUUGAUAGUAUACCUAAUAGACAGAGAACUAAUUCAGAAAAUGAAAGCAAAAUUUCAUCAAGGGGAAGGUCUGACUCUGAAAGUGAGAGUAGACUACCACUGAGUAGUUCAAAAACUCAAAAGUCACCUCAGGUAAGAGGGAGAAAGUCCAACAUACCAAGCCCUGGUAUAAGAAAUAGAAGUAAGGAAAACUCCAAAGUUCAUAGAGAAGAAAAUGAAAGAGGCAAUUCUUCCUGUGAUCAAAACAAAGUUGAUAAAUCAACAACAGAUGUAAAGAGUACUACUGUAUCAGCACCUAAUGAUCCGGAUAGUUUAAGGAACAGGUCUUACAGCCCUGCUGGAAGAACAGGCAUUCCGAUGUCCGUGAGGCAUCGCUCUAACAGCCCCGCUGGAAAGUCAGGUAUACCACCUCCAGGCUCACCAUUGAAAUCACCAAAACAAAAAUCAAGUGCUCUAGUUCAGCCUAAGAAAAUUACAAAUGGACAUGACAAACCUGUUAACAGUAUAUCUCAUAAUCCAGCACAUGGUGAACCUGUUGCUAAAAGUGGUCAGGAAAUGAACGAAGAAAAUACACAAAAUGACAGUCCCUCAUCAGUUUCAAAACCAGACAGGCCAUCCAAACCUUCAAGGAAGCAGGGAAGUCAAGAUGGGAAACCUCCAAAACAUGGGAAGAGUUUACUGCCGGUUAUUCACAAGUCCAUGGAGGCAAACGUGGGCUCACAUAACGGGGUUUCAUCCCCCAGUGCUGGGACCAAGGCAAAACGAGGCAUUCCUGUUGCCAAACAAAAACGAUCUCCUGGUCCAAAGAAUUCAUCAGCUGAGGAAAACCACAGCAGUGAACCAAAUAAAGGGUCCCUUUUUCAAGCAACAAAAAGCUACACAGCACAGAAUGAUGGGGAGCUGACGUUUGCGGCUGGAACUUUCGUGAAAGAAUUAAGUGAUUGUGACAGAGCAGGCUGGUAUGUGGGUAUGCUGGCUGAUGGAACCACAGGACUUUACCCUGGGAAUCACUUCCAACCUAGCCCCGUAGCAGCUCAAAGUGAGGCAUAGAACCACAGGGCUUUACACUGGGAAUCACUUCCAACCUAGCCCAGUAGCAGCUCAAAGUGAGGCAUAGAACCACUGGACUUUACCCUUGAGACCACUUCCAACCCAGCUUGUAGCAGAUCAAAGUGAGGCAUAAAACCACAGCAAUUUACCCUUGGGACAACGUCCAAACACUGUAGCAGCUCAUUUUGGGCAUAGAACUGCAAGACUACCCUGCGGAUCACUUGUAACCCAACGCUGUAGCAGCACAUAGUGAGGCAUAGAACCACAUGGCUUUAACCUGGGCAUUACACUCAACCCAGCCUGUAGCAGUACACACUGUGGAAUAGAACUCCAUUUUGGCUCAGAGAAACAGAGGCAUGAACAGACUGUACUCUGUGUACCCCAGCACAGCCUAGUAAAUACAGUUUAGUCAGUUGUUAGCAUAAUGUUAGUACCAAACUGACAGUUACCUAUCCACUUGAUUAGAUAUUACGGAGCUACUCAUUAAACCCAGAUCAAUGCAGCCCAAGCUGUGUCCAUAACGAGGCCGAGAUUAGCUGGUUACAGAUUUCUGAACAACACAGCUUGUGUGAUGAAUUGUUGUUCAUAUGUCUUGUUUUCACGGGAAAUGGUGGAGUUUGUCAGUUUUCACGGGAAAUGGUGGAGUUUGUCAGUUUUCACGGGAAAUGGUGGAGUUUGUCAGUUUUCACGGGAAAUGGUGGAGUCUGUCAGUUUUCUCUUACAUGGUUUUAAACAAAGCCUUUUCUAUGAUGGAGACUGUAAUGUGACCUCGUAAUGAUUGGAGUUACUUGGACUGCAAGAAGGGCAUCAACAGACAUUAGGAAGUAAAAAUGUGCCAUAAUGUGUGUAUAUAGUGCUUGGAUGUAAAUUAAUUUUAAGAAAAAGAAUCUGUCGGAGCAUUUUGAUUGGACAGUGAAAUUAAUUUGCCAGUACAUGAAGUUUGAACUGAAUCACUGAGGAAUAUCUAAGGAUCAGAACUGUAUUGAUUAUGACCCCUGGAAUGCAAAUGUAAUACUUAGUAAUUUACAUGUUGCUUCAUUAUCAUCUAGUUAGUAAAUGUGAUUCAUUUGAUAACUUGUUUUAAGAAUAUUGAAAUCAAACAGUAUAAGCUGUUAAAAUAAAAUCAAGUAAAACAUGGUUUCUCCACACAGUGAAUGAUCAUAUAGAUAACUCAUUUCUGUGAUUUGGGAAACCAUUUCUUGUACACACAUAUUUAACAAUCCUCCACGUGAUUUUAACUGCUUUCAGAAAAUAUUUAUUAGUUUCAGAGAAAUGUCUUCUUAGUAAAGCACGUCUCACACAAUGGUUGAUAUCAUACUUGAUGCGCUCAUAAUGACAUUACCUGUUGUAUAAACCUUUGUAUAGCUUUGACAUUUAUAAAUGCUCAUUAAUCUUAACAUUGUAUAACAUGUAUGUUUUAUAGUUUGUGAUGCUUUGUGCAAUGUUCGUGGUGCUUUAUGUUGCCUUGUUUUGUCCUUUUGCCAUAGUCGAUGUCUCGUCUAAUAUGUACAUGUACAUGUAUGAUAAUCAUAAGGGAUGUUUGUAAUUGUUCCAACUGUAAAUCAUGCAACAUAUGUUCCAUUUUCUGCCUGAGCUUUUCUGGAUGAACGUUGACCAAGGAAUAAUUGUACAGUUGAAAAAAGAAGUUUAAAGAGGAAAUAUGGCUGUUAGCUCAGGCCAGGCUGUGGUUCUAGCUAAAGGUCACAAUGUUGGUGCUAAACCCUGGACUACCAAGGAGAAAAAUGUCUGAUUAAUGGACACUGUAGAGGCCACAUGGUUUCAUUAUUAUAGGAUUUAUAUUUAUAGUGUUGGAAUUCAGAAAAUUGUUUUUUUGUAAACAUGCAUUGUGGUUCAUUUAAGGUGUACAUAAUGUACAUAAAAAUGCAAUUGUGGAUGAUAUUUAUCUUACAUGAAUUUAUUUUUGUUAGUUUAAUUUCUAUAGUAAUUGUUUGUAUGAAAUACGUAUUUGAAUCUCUUUUACAUUGUAAUAUAAAACAUAUUUAUACAAUUCAUUAUUAUGCAAUUAAAGUUUAAAACAAU